UUAAAUUUAAUCAAACCCAAAACUGGCAUUACAUUGAAGCCGAAGGAGUCUUCAAAGCAAUCGACAAAAAAGCUCGAUUUUGAUCCAAGAGAGAAGCAGAAGUUACUUGAUGGAAUGCCCGUAAAAGUUUUCAAACGUGGCGAGCAGCUCUUUGUAAAAGUAAAUGAAAAGUUCGACGAACAAAAAUCUAAAAAGAAUCAAGAUGAGAAGCAGAUUCCAUUAUGUCGUCGUACAAUUAAAGUAAACGUAUCGCAAUUAAAUCUCUUGACACCUAAGAAGAAGUUUUCAACAUUUGACAUGACACUUGGUAAACCAUUUGGCAUUCAGCUUGGCUCACACAAUAUCCUUAAUGACUGCAAGACAAUGGAACUGAAAGGAAGUCAUGCAUUAGAUGUUGUAAUUGUUGCCCAUGGCAUGUCUCACAUAAAGCAUCCUGCUAAUUGGUCCGAACGUGAUAUCGAUCAUAUUUUAAUGAUGGGAGCUGAAUUGUAUAAAGCUACAAAAGAUGUUCACAUCGAUAAAUUGAAUUCGUUCACAAAAGGCUUCACAUACAAAAACAAUUACAUGCAAGUCACAAUGACAGAACCAAUUGUCAUUGGGAGAAUAUUGACAAUGACGGAAAGAUCAAUGGACCUGUACAAUGGAUUGCAAAAAUUUUUCAGUGCAUAUCAGCAGGGAAUAUUUGAGACAUCAAAUUUAACUCUCUACAUCAUGCAUGAGCAUAUUGGAUUUUAUGUGUUUGACCCGCGCGGUCGCAAUGAGCAUUGCGAACGAAAUAAUAAACGUGAGGCAGCACUUAUGGCUUUUACGUCAAUCAUGAAUGUUUAUCAUUUGAUUCUCAAUCUGAGUGGGAUUAAUACGAGAGCACCAUUUAAAAUUUCGGACGUUAAAGUGAUACAAUUUAUGGAUAAGGAUUAUGUGCUGAACGAGUUCACGGCUGUGAGUGGAAGCAAUCAAAAGUCAUGCCGCAAUGAUGAGUAUGAAAUGCUCAACGAACAAAUUGCAUAUCUGCAAGGCAAUUUAAGUCUCAAUAGUGCAGUAUUUGAGGAUCUACGUAAUCGAUACGGACUAGCCAGUUCGAUUAUGGCAAUUAUAUAUAGCAAAAUUGAUCCACCAAUAAGCUGGUGCAAGUCAACUCUUGAUCGACUCCUUCAUUUUGGAUACAAAUUCCACAUGGAUUGCCUUGAGGAUCCAAAAGUUAUUAGAAGCUUGUCAUUGCCAGAAAUUCCAUCAAAAUUUUAUGUCGGUGAUACUUAUUGUGUACAAAUAGCACUCAUUGCGUAUGUCCAUCAUGUCUUGUUAACAGAAACUCGUUUUGUCUUCGAUAAUCCAAUUACAGCAGCUUUAAUAGAGUCACUAGAUUCAUUCAGAUGUUUAUUACUGGAAGUAGGCAAUUACUCGUUCGCAUUAUGGAGAACUGAGCCAGCAAACAUUUACUACUUCUUUGAUCCAUACCAAAAGAAUGUCGAUGGAGAUAUUGACUACUAUUGUGGAAUGUCAACCCUCUUCGUGUACGAGACAAUUGAUCAUCUCUGUGAGCAUUUAAUCGAGAGACUCCUUAAAAUUCCUCAUGCAGACCAAACCUAUCUCAAAAUUCACGGCAUGAAAAUCAUUGAAUUGAGAAAAUUAAGUAAGAAGGAACAAAGAAAUAAGCCAAUUUUCAAGAUGGCAAAUCUCAAAUGCAUCCGUCCGUUCACAGCUGACGAUGCUCGAAAUUUCCUCGACGUUCCAUCGACUGUUGAUUCUAUCGUUCCUCUCUUGACAAAAGCUCAACAGCUGAAAGCACUUGAAAAGACGCCAGAGCAGCCAUUGUACCAGAAAAUUACAAAUCUUAAUUCCCCAUCACUCGUGUGCUGUAAGAUGACAGCUUACGAUGAAAUUAUGGCAUCAGUCGAAAGGAAACUUUCAAUUAUCAAACAACCGGAAGUGAUUGAUAAAACGAUGGAAAUUAUGCGCGAAAUUCACAGUGAAAUUUUGCAUAACAUUGAAAUGUGCGAUGGCGUUGAUGAUGUUGAUAAAUGUCUAGCCAAAAAGUCAGCGAGAAAAGUCGAUUCAAAGAUAAAGGAAGUGAAUAGUUGGAAGAAGAACUCAAUGACGAAUGUCUGGACACCAUGUGGCGAAUAUAUUGGAAAUGCUGAAAAAGUAUUGCUUAAAACAGACCUCGAAAAUCUCCAGCAAGAACGUGAUGAGAUUUUGAAUCAAUCAGACGAUGAAGACAGUGAUGAGUGUAAUGACGAAAUGGAGAAUGAGACAAUGACAUUGAGUCAAGAGAGAUUAAUUCCAUCACAUUUUCAAAUAAUGCCAGACAAGACACAAAUUGUUCGUGGCACAAAAAGUCUCUUUAAGAUUCCACUCGAUGCUGAUGUUUAUGAUUAUGAAAAUUUGUCUGUGAUUAUUGGAAUUGCUGCAAUUUUAACAUCAACAAAAUAUUCUAUAGCAACAUGGUCACCGGAAACUGUUGAUUAUAUUCUUGGAUGUGGACAAAUCAUGAGUGGAUCAAUAAAAUUAAAGCACCGAAUGGACUUUUAUACAGUCAGUGAGCAUAAAUUGCCAAAAAUUCAUAUUAAAGAUAAAUUUUAUGAUCUUCAAAUGCGAGCUGUUGCCAAUGGUGAAUUUGAUAUGCUUGAAAAGUAUUUGGAGACAUUAUUUAACGAUAUCGAUCGAUUCCUAAUUGUUACGACUCAUGGAAGCUUAGCUGUAUUUUAUCGGAAAAAUUUCUAUUAUCUCUUUGAGUAUGCAACCUGCAAUAUGGUCGGUUAUCGCAUCAAAAAUGACGAUUAUGGUUCACCAUGCUUUCUUCGCUUUGAUAAUCUCCAUUCACUCAUUCGUCGUAUCCAUGCAAAUCAUUUUGAUGUGCGAGAUGAUGAAAAAUUUAUAAUCUAUCGUGUGAUGGUUAAUGAGAUUAAGAAUGUUGAUGAUGCUGAACAAUUCCCGUACAUUCCAUUUACUCAAUCACAAGAGAAAAUCAUUAUUGACGCUUUUCGACACAAUCGCAUGAUAAAGCGCGAGGAGAUGAUAAAGAAAUUGAAAGAAAAUGAUGCAAAAAUGCGCGAAGAGAAGGAACGAAUCAAAAAGUAUCGAACUGAAACAGGUCUUGACUCAAUUCCAUCCGAAUUGACUGAAAAUGAUCUCGAGCACAUUGAUUUUGAUGAAUCACUGCUGCAAUCAAUGAACGAUGACGACUAUCAAUUGGAUUUAAGUGCUUACAAUAAGUCAAUGACGGGUAAUGAAACAUUUAUGUCACCCUUGUACCAAAAUUGGAUUCAGCUCAAUCAAUUUGGAUAUGAUGAUGGGAGAAUAAAAGGAACAUUUGGAUAUAAAAAUCGAAUGCAAUUCGUUGACAAUCAAUUGCGUGAAUGUCAUUUUGCAUGUAUUUAUGCCAUCAUGUAUGCUGUUCAUCAUCCAUUCGAGGAAAUGAAUUAUCGCAGUGUCGAUAUAAUAUUGGAGAAUGGAUUAAGAAUUUUCAAGAGCAUUGAUGUUGAAAAUUAUCAAAAGACAAUGGCAUUGUAUGGAAUGAUUGUCGAAGCGAUGACUUAUGAUUUGAGAAUAUCUGAAUUUAUUGUCAAAAAGAUGAGAAGAAGGGAGAAGAAUUUAAAUGAAGAUAGACAGGAGGAAGAUUUUGAGGAGAAAAUUAGGAAUGAGGAAUUGAAGCUGCUUAAGGAGUUUUUCAAUAAAGAAAAAUAUGGAAUUAUUCAAGCACAGAACUGCAGUUUAGUCAUCGUUUAUGAAAAAUCCACAAAGCUUUAUCACAUUUUUGAUCCAUACGAUUCAAGUGACACAAAUGAGUCAAACGAAGGCAUAGAAAAUCCAUUAAGUUCCUGGUCUAAACAUGAGAGCAUUGAAAGCAUUCUUGAUUAUAUUAAAUCACAAAUCAUGCUUCCAGAGGAACCAAAAAUAUCCUUCAAGAUCUAUCACGUUCUCAUCGCAUCACAUAAGAAAUUAAGAAAGCAAGGAAGCACUGGCUACUUCCUCUUUAAUACGUCACGAUCGAAGAAAAAUGUGGAAUUAAAAUCAUGUAAGUUUAUCGAUCUAAGUGACAAUGAGAAAAUUGAAUGGAUAACAGAGACAUGUACAGUUCCAUGGAGCCGAUUAGAGACAUUGAAUGCUGAUGGAAUGAAACGAUAUUCAAAGGACACAAAAUGGAAGGAAUAUGACAUCGAAAUGGACAUGAAAUUAUAUUCAUUGUGGGGCAAUGUUCAUCCAAACAUGAGAAUAUUUAAGCACUAUGCUGGAAAGCAGCACCUUGCAUGCUCUAUCGUUUCAUUGAUUAUGUCAAACUUAUAUAACAUUGAUGAAUGGGAUUCAGUGCUUUUGGACUCGAUUGUUUCAUAUGGACAUAAAUAUCUUGUCGAUGCAGUUAGACGAAUGAAAGAUGAGAAAGAUCAACUUGAGGUUGAUGACUUGAAUGGAUUUUGUCGCAUCCAGAACUUUGGCUUCGAUGUUAAACUUGAACUAUCAAUCUUUGGGCGUCUCUAUGAUGAGGAUAGAAGUCAUUUUAAUUUAAAUCGAGCACUAGACUUUGUGCUGAGACAACAGAAAAUGCCAGGUGUAAUUUUGUUAUGUGCUGGACGGUCUUUGGCGAUUGGAAAUAUUGACAACAAAAAUUUCUUCAUGUAUGACUGUCAGUCUUAUGGCGAGCCAUUGUUUAAGCAAAAUCAAGGCACAACUUAUGUCUUAAAGUGCUGCUGUAUGAAAAUUUUAUUGGCCUGUAUCAUCCUCACCCUUAAUGUUCAACGUCAUAAUGUCAAAUUUUAUCUAUACUCAUUAAAUGCGAGACUAUUAAGCGACGAUGAGAUGGCAAAAGUUAAAGAGAACGAGGAACAACGUGCAAAGUCUGCCAGAUUUGCUGACUCAAAUUAGCGAUGUCUAGGACAGUUCGCAUAAUCAUCGACUAAAAAGUUUGCUGAUAAAGCUGUCGAGACCGGAACAAGUGCUUUAAAAUUUCAGUACAAUAAAAAAUGAUGGCAGUAAUAAAUAAAACAAGGAAUAAAGCUCAGCACACACAUAUUUUAAUGCAAAAAUAAAGAGAUGAA